AUAUUCCUUUAUUAAAUUAUUUACGUUAUGUUAGAAGUAAAUUUGGAAAAAUGAAAUUUGUAAACCUAUGCAUAAUACUUAUGCUUACUUCGUUGGUAUUUUCUGCUUCGUUAAGAAAAAUAUACGCUCCAAAGUUACCCGAAGAAUCAAUGAAUGUUCCUGAAAUAAUUCAAUACUAUGGUUAUCCUUCUGAAGAGCAUUAUGUUCAAACAGAAGAUGGAUAUAUUUUGACUCUUCAUCGUAUUCCUAAAGGUUUACGUAAGCCCAGUAAUGGAAAAGUAGCAUUUUUGCAACAUGGUAUUCUUGAUUCUUCUGCAACUUUUCUAAUGAACCCGCCAGAUCAAAGUCUUGGAUUUAUUUUGGCAGACGCAGGAUACGAUGUUUGGCUUGGCAAUAGCAGAGGAAAUACUUAUUCGUCAGAGAAUAUCAAGUUUACUACCAAGGAUAAAGAGUUUUGGGAUUUCAGUUUCGAUGAAAUGGCCAAGUAUGAUCUUCCUGCAUCAAUAAAUUAUGUGUUGGAUACCAGCAAUAAAUCAGAUUUGUAUUAUAUUGGACAUUCUCAAGGAACAACUAUUGGUUUUAUUGCAUUUGGUGAGAAUUUAGAACUAGCUAGCAAAAUUCGAUCUUUUAUUGCUUUAGCACCUGUGGCAACUGUUAAAUACAUUCAAGGAGCUGUUAAAACUAUUUCUACCUUUACUACAGAAAUUGAGGUACUUAUUAAAAUAUUUGGUAUUUAUGACUUCCUUCCUCCCUCUGCUAUUUUACGUUUUAUUGCUCAAGAUGUUUGUGGUUUGUUGUACCCUACUGAAAAAGUGUGUAGUAAUAUAGCUUUUCUUAUCGCUGGUUAUGAUGUUUCCAAUUUAAACGAAACAAGACUUCCUGUUUAUUUAUCACAUCUUCCAGCUGGAACAUCGUCUAAAGAUAUAAUUCAUUUUGCUCAGAUGAUAAAAAGUGGACAAUUUCAAAUGUUUGAUUAUGGAGAAUCAGAAAACAUGAAGCGCUACCAUCAGAAAACUGCACCAUUAUACUAUGUUGAUAAAGUUAAAGUUCCUGUGGCUUUGUUUACGGGCUCCAAUGAUUGGUUAGCUGAUCCAACCGACAUAAACAAUCAUCUGAUACCUUUUCUUCCCAAUAUAGUAUUUAAGAAAAACAUUGAUGCCUGGAACCAUCUGGAUUUUGUUUGGGGUAUAAAUGCCAACAAAAUGAUAUAUAACGAUAUUAUUAAUCUUAUGAGUUAAGUGCUGCAACAUUUUAAAAAUAAUUAAAUUUUUUUUUAUAUGUAUUUUGUAUUUGUUUUAUAUAUGAUUGUUAUUGAAGUUGUUAUUAAAAGUGUUAUUAAAAUUUUUAAUAAUGAAUUUUAUUAUGAAUUUAAAUACUAUUGGUAUUAUUAUCUUAUAUUAUUAUUAUUAUUAUUGUAAUUUAAGAAAAUUUAUUUUAUCAUUAUUAUUUUUUGAUCACAUUAUUUUUGACAGUUUAAAUAUUAUAGUUAAUAUAAAACAAAAUAUGUAAUAUUCAGUUUUUAAUACACAAAGUAU